GCGGGGCGGCCGCGGAGGUUCCGCCGGGCGGCGCGGCCAUGGCGGCGGGUUCUUGGCGCAGGAGCAUCGCCACCCAGCUUUCAAAGGUUUUGGAUCUGCCACCAGAAAAUUUAAUAAAGUCCAUAUCUGCCGUUCCUGUCUCCAAAAAACGGCAGGUUGCUGAUUUCCAGCUCUCCAUUGCUUCUGUAAUAGAAAACAGUUCUAGUGAUUGCUUAGCACAAGACUUGCAUCUUCAAGCUCAGAAGCUGGCUGAAAGGCUAAAAUGUGAUGCUGUAGUGAGUGAAAUCAGCACUGGUCCAGGAACAGUGAACUUUACAAUAAACAGGGAAUUAUUAGCAAAGGCUGUGUUGCAGCAGGUGUUCAAAGAUGGCUCAGAGUAUGGAGUAAAAAGUGAAAUUUUCUCUGCGGUGCCUAGACAAAAGGCAGUGAUUGAGUUCAGCUCCCCUAAUAUUGCCAAAAGGUUUCACAUAGGACAUUUGCGUUCCACAAUAGUAGGGAAUUUUAUAGCAAAUCUCAAACUUGCACUGGGACAUGAAGUAGUAAGAAUAAAUUACCUUGGUGACUGGGGCAUGCAGUUUGGCUUAUUGGGUGUUGGUUUCCAAUCCUUUGGCAACAAAGAAAAACUAAAAUCCAGUCCUUUACAGCACCUGUUUGAGGUGUAUGUGCAGAUUAACAAAGCAGCAGAAGAUGAAAACACAAAAAAACUGGCGAAGGAUUUCUUUAGAAAACUGGAGGAACGUGAUGAGCAGACAUUGUCACUUUGGAAACAAUUUAGAGACUUCAGUAUUGAGGAAUACAUCCAGAUUUAUAAGCGUCUAGGAGUGCACUUUGAUGAAUAUUCUGGAGAGUCACAUUACCGAGAGAAGGCCCAGGAGGUUCUAAAGAUGUUGGAAGAUAAGGGACUUCUUCAAAAAACAACAAAAGGGACAGGAAUCGUGGAUCUUUCAGAAAAGAAAGACCUCUCAUCAGUUUCCACAGUCAUGCGUAGUGAUGGGACAUCUCUUUAUAUAACAAGAGAUCUUGCGGCUGCUAUAGACCGAAUGAACAAGCACAGCUGUGAUACUAUGAUUUAUGUGACAGAUAAAAGUCAAAGUCAUCAUUUUCAACAGUUAUUCCAAAUACUGAAGCUCAUGGGUUAUGACUGGGCAGAAAGGUGCCAGCAUGUGUCUUUUGGUCUAGUUCAAGGGAUGAAGACUCGAAGAGGAGAAGUAAUUUUCCUGGAAGAUGUUUUAAAUGAAGUUCGCUCGAGGAUGUUACAAAACAUGACUUCCUCAAAAACAACCAAAGAGAUACAAGACCCUAUGGAGACAGCAGAGAAGGUUGGUCUUGCAGCACUAAUAAUUCAGGACUUCCGGGGCCUUCUCUCAUCUGAUUAUCAGUUUAGCUGGGAUCGAGCUCUUCAAAGUCGUGGAGACACAGGUGUGUUCUUGCAGUAUACCCAUGCCAGACUCCAUAGUUUAGAACGGAUGCAUGGGAGCGCACAGCUAACUGAUGUUAACGUGGCAUGCUUGCAAGAGCCAGACGCCAUCUCUGUUCUUCAGCAUCUUCUCAGGUACGAUGAGGUCCUGUAUAGAUCUUCUCAGGAUCUGCAACCCAAGCACAUUGUCAGCUACCUCCUCACACUUAGCCAUCUUGCAGCCGUGGCACACAAAACCCUUCCUGUGAGAGGCAGCACCCCUGAAGUAGCACAGGCAAGGCUCUGUCUCUUUCAAGCUGCACGCUCGGUUCUAGCCAACGGAAUGAAACUUCUUGGCAUUACACCUGUGACUCAAAUGUAAUGAGGCUGUAUCCAAUGUAAAGUCACAUCUCGUAGUAAAAUUUUUUUUUCCCCAGAUAAUA